AUGGUCACUAGAAGAGCUACUCAUGCCAACAGCUGGUAUUCUGAUUCAGCUAAGGAACUAGAACGACAACUUCAAACAUGGUUAGGCCAGGCUGAACUUACACAUGGUCCUGCUAGAGCUAUAAUUGCUCCCCAUGCUGGAUAUCAAUAUUGUGGAAGCUGUGCUGCGUUUGCUUACAGACAGAUAAGUCCAGCUGUUGUUAAAAGAAUAUUUAUUCUCGGACCUUCCCAUCAUGUAAGAUUUUCAGGGUGUUAUUUAAGCCCUGCUUUAAAAUGUGAAACCCCAUUUUAUGAUUUGACAGUCGACCAACAAGUGCAUAAAGAAUUAAUGGCUACUGGAGAAUUUAAUGUGAUGGGUAUAUCUAUAGAUGAAGCAGAACACAGUAUAGAAAUGCAUUUGCCUUAUAUAGCUAAAGUGAUGGCUGAAUUCAAAGAUUAUUUUACUAUUGUGCCUAUUUUAGUGGGCUCCACCAAUGCUAAAGAGGAAGCACUUUAUGGAAGUAUUUUAGCUCCUUAUUUAGCUGAUCCUCAAAAUUUAUUUAUAGUAUCUUCUGAUUUCUGUCAUUGGGGUCAACGAUUUCGAUAUACAUUUUACGACAAAAGUUGGGGAGAAAUACAUCAAUCAAUUCAAACAUUAGAUAAAAUGGGUAUGGAUAUCAUUGAAAAAUUAAAUCCCACGGAAUUUACUGAUUACUUGAAAAAAUAUGGUAAUACAAUAUGCGGCAGACAUCCAAUCGGAGUACUUCUUCAGGCCAUUGCUUAUUUAAAAAAUUCCAGUAAUUUUGGAAACAAAAUCAAUUUGAAAUUUUUAAAAUAUGUUCAAUCGAGUCAGUGUUGCAGAAUGAGUGACUCUUCCGUGAGCUACGCAUCAGCUGCUGUUACUUUUGAAUAG